AUGGCUACAGCAACCACUACGCCGCCCCAGCGGCCUCCUCCCAGCUCCGCCGAGCUCAAAGAAAUUGCAGCCAAGUCCUUGCAGACCGGUGCCCUGACCGGUGCCAUGGGAUCCGUGGUCGGACUCGGCUCCGGCAUCAUGAGGUCGGCCCCGCCUGCCCUAUUCGCAGUUUUCUCUGGCCUUCAGUGGUUUGCCCUAGGCUCGAGUUUCAUAGCUUCUCGAAGUCUACUGCACCACGCCUGGGGCGGCGAGGAGAACCUGGUACCUAUGGACAAAGUCUCCGCCAGUGCAGUUGCCGGUGGUGUCUCGGGCAUGAUAGGAGGUCUGGUCCGUGGCCCAAGGAAUAUUUUACCUGGCAUUUUCUUCUUCUCGGCACUUGGCGGCGGAGCUACCUUCCUGUCGCAGAAGCUCCAGAGCAGAGAGCCCAAAGAGAAAAAGACCAGCCUGUUGGCGUCCAAAUGGAGUCCGCUGAAGCCGCUCUCCGAUAAGGAUUACGAGCAACUUCUGGAGGAGAAGAUCCUGCGACUCGAUGCUGAGAUCGCCAUUAUUGAUGACAGCAUCGCAGCCCUGAAAGCCGAGCAACAGGGGAAGCCCAAAGUUAAAUAA